ACCGGUGCGCUUGACGGCCAGGCUCUUUGUAGGAGUGUGGAGCAAAGAGCGGGACUUCCAGCAGCAGCACGCCGACAACACGCACCCACACGCCGCAGUGCAGCAGCCUUACAGCCGCUUCUCUUCUGCUACAACAAAGGGGAACUUUUCAAGUGACUCUUUUUAUGAGGGCGAGUCUGUUUUUGUACCGGGUAGACGUCACCUUUUUGGAGCAUGAGAACCAGCGUGGAGCGCAUCCUUCCAACUUUGUAAGCCCGCUUUUUGCCUUCAUUUCUCGGCUUCACCUCCACAUUGGUACCCGGAGAGGCUGGCGGAUGUGUCAAGGACUUCCACCUUUGUUGAAAAAAACAAUAAUUGCUAAGUAAGGCUAAAGAAGGAGCCAGGGGAUAAGUAGAUGGAUGUGACACUUUACCCGCCUCCCCCGCAGCCCCUGGCCGCCUCAGAGCACACCAGACUGGGGCAGCUCUCCUACCCCGAGCCGCCGUUUGGAAGCAACAAGGUUUGUAAGCCCACACCUCAUUUGCAUAACACCUAGCAGCUGGCACUUGGAGGGGGAAGCUGGAAGGUGAGGGCAUGUUCCUGAGCAUGCAGGAAGUGGGCGUGGACUAUGUUUCCAGCAACCAGUUCCGUGUGCCGCAGCCUCUCAGCAAGGCCACGCCCCCUAACCCCGCCCCCCAGCACUGGAGGAGGGACGACACGCAGCGUCUAGCCUGGUCCUACCAAAUGGGUGACGAGGACUACAACUUUGCACCCAUCACUCCCCCUCACCUGCCGGACCACAUGCUGCCCCCUCACCUGCCCCAGGACUCCCCCACUGGACCCUAUGGCUCUCUGGACGGGCCGGCCCACUCGGCCCCCCACCAUCCCUACCAGCUGCAGGGCAUGAAUGUCCCCAGAAUGCCCCGCAGUCAGGAUGGCGCCACCAUGCUCAACCAAGAUGGCGGCACCUUCAGCCCCGACGGUGCGGCCAUGACCAGCACUCUGUCGGUGAUGCAGCAGAUGGUCAACUCCGACUCUCGCUUCACCAGCAGCCAGCAGCCCAUACAAGCUGCCCUGGGACCCAGGAGCCAAUCAGGAGCCGGCCAGCUGGCCACCAUCAACCAAUCCCAGCUGACCCACAAUUCUCCUUCUCCUCCUGGGAGCACAUCUGCCACACCCUCACCUUCCAGCUCACCACACCAGGACGACCACGAUGACAACCUCAGGGUAGCAAACUCUUUUUACCAUCAUGGCGAGAAGCGGCCUGCAGCCUUCGACAUGUCCAAGAAAGCCAAGACGCCCAAGAAGAAGAAGCGGAAGGACCCCAAUGAGCCGGUGAAGCCGGUCUCUGCCUACGCUUUGUUCUUCAGGGACACCCAAGCCAACAUCAAGGCCCAGAACCCCAACGCCACCUUUGGGGAGGUCUCCAAGAUUGUGGCCUCCAUGUGGGACGGCCUGGGAGAGGAACAGAAGCAGGAGUACAAGAAGAGGACAGAGACUGCCAAGAAGGAGUACCUGAAGCAACUGGCUGCCUACAGGGCCAGUCUGGUCUCUCAGAGUUACAACGAUCCAUGUGAGAUGAAGCCGGCCUCCUCCUCCUCCUCCAUCUACACAUCCAAGUCACCCGUCUAUGCGGGCCAGCACCAGCACCCCAACAUGUACAUGCCAUACCCCCACCACUCCACUCACCUGCCUCAGAUGCACACCUUGUCCACCAGGGGCAGCGUACUUCGGCCCACCCUGUCCCUGGGAGGCUCCACCCCUCCCCACCAGGUCAGCCCCCCACUCCACAGCCAGACUCACCUGGGGGGGAUGCAGCAUCAGCAUCAGCAGCACUCCAUGGCCAUGACACACCCCCCCGCCAUCACACAGGCCUACUCCCUCCAGUCAGAGUAUCAGCCAAUGAUGAACAGGGGAGCCAUGAUGUCAUCACCAGUGGACUACCAGCAGCUGGGCCCACACCAUCACCCGUCUCUGGACUGGAGCGCCCAUUACCAUGGCAACGGGACUCCUCAGCCAGACAAGACUUUGUACCUGACUUAGUCCACAUCAUGGGACCUCCUUGGACCUCGGACCAAGCACUCAGGAGGGGACCUCCCUUACCAACAAAGUACAAGACCCCCAAUGCAGAAGGAGUCACAUGACCUUGUGAGGGAGGGGUCCAAACAGGAAGUAGACGGCCUGACUUCCUGCAUGUAGAUUAGUUGUAUCUCUAUGGUGAUUGGCAUGGCCAGGAUGCAGUACUCAUGUACAUGAAGUACUUAUAUCCUACUUGUAUCUCUAUGAAUACUCAUGUACAUGAAGUAUUUAUAUCCUACUUGUAUCUCUAUGAAUACUCAUGUACAUGAAGUAUUUAUAUCCUACUUGUAUCUCUAUGAAUACUCAUGUACAUGAAGUAUUUAUAUCCUACUUGUAUCUCUAUGAAUACUCAUGUACAUGAAGUAUUUAUAUCCUACUUGUAUCUCUAUGAAUACUCAUGUACAUGAAGUAUUUAUAUCCUACUUGUAUCUCUAUGAAUACUCAUGUACAUGAAGUAUUUAUAUCCUACUUGUAUCUCUAUGAAUACUCAUGUACAUGAAGUAUUUAUAUCCUACUUGUAUCUCUAUGAAUACUCAUGUACAUGAAGUACUUCUAUUGUUCACACUGAGAAGGAAGAAAAAUAUCAAUACUUUUUGUGUAAACGCUCGCUAAUGACUGGAAUUACUAAAUCAGAAGAUUAGGAACAAAACUAUUAAUAUUGUAAGAAUAAAGUCAUGUU